CAAUGAAGCUUGUAGCUAAAUCGAUCGCUAUUGUGAUUUUGGUUUGCUUUGGAAUAGUAGAUGCAUCUACCCAAAUCAUUUCUACCGAAAAGCUAAAUGAUAUAUUGAUCGAAAGUCUGAAGAAAACUGUUUCAAACCUUCCGGAUCCUUUGCAAGUUGCAGACUUGGAUUUCACCAUUACUGCUGGAAGUCUUAAAGAUAUCAACACUAUACUGUCUGCUAUAAAACUUCUAGGACUUAAUUCUAUCGAAGUAAAGGAUGUUCAACUCAUUAAUGAAUCCAUAACAAAAGGAGAAAUAAUUUUAUUUUCCCCUAAACUUGACAUCAGUGGAACGGGGAUGAUUACUGGGAGAAUUAGCCCCUUUUUACCAAACUUUACUUUUUCUGGCAGUUUCAUUGCACGGCCUGCUGACAUCACCGUUCAAGUACAGUUUACCUCAGCGAAAACUCCAAGUGAUGUGUUUACUCUGACGAACGUCUCUAGUGCAUGGAAUUUUGGCAGCAACAUUGAUUUUUCUUUCGAUAUUCUGAUGGGCACACUAUCAACCUUGAAUGAAAUAAUUAUUUCACGCUUUAAAUCAGAAAUUAAUUCCCAGAUCUUAAAAACCCUGAUUACUUCUCUGAUACCUGACCUUCAACUUUUAUUAGAAAACGCCACGAUUGUUCAUUUUAGUGAAAGUCUAAAAAAAGUAAGUACUACUGGAUCUAACAAUUCAACAAAUGCAGGACCUCUCUGUAACUCCACACUCGCCUUUGUGGAUCAGUUAGUAACAUAUCUAAAGGACAUUCUGAAUGCUUCAGAUCCUAUCCGUACUGGACGGUUUCAAUUGAUUUUUAUUUUAGUGAAUAACGGACAACUAUCCGGGUUUUCAAAAAUACAGAGAGUCGGAGACGCUAAAGUCUCAUGUAAUACAACAGAUGGAAGAGAUGUUGCGCUUUUCAAUCUUUCAGUUUCAAAUGUUCAAUUUGAACAACAUGGUCGAUUCUACUUUUUUGGCAAGUGGCUCUUUCAAGAAAUAAGAGCGACACUGUCAACAUUACUAAUACAAGUCCAAGUUGCUAUAGGUGGCGCUGGAAUGCCUUCUGUUUUGCAGGUAUUCGACUUGAUUGAUACAGGAAAUGUAAACACUACUGUGCUAGGUCAAUCACGUUUGAUACAGUUUUUGAGUAGUAGCCCGUGGUUCAGGUUUAUUAUUAAGAAUAUAGUUGUAAGACUAGUAUUCGACCAAAUACGAUUGGCAUUUAAUGAAUGUCUCCAACAGAUGUAACCGAGAACAAGCUUGAUUUCGGCAACAAGAUUAGCUUUACUGGGAUUUAGUUUAGAUUGUAAUACAUUUCUCUGUCCUAUAAGUAUUUACCGUGUUAUUGGGAUUUGUUUUUUCAGACAAAUAUUUUGCCUAAACAUAAUACAUUAAUUUCUGAUAAUAUAUUGGUUAUUAAAGCAGUUUAUGAGAGUAA